UCAAAAUGUUCGUCUGCUUGACUAGACCAAAUUUAGAUGUACAUAAAUAAUCGAGAUCUAUCUAGAUCUAUCUAGAAUAGAUCUAUUCUAGAGAUCUAGAUCUAGAUUAACAAUACUCCCAACAGUACUGCCCCUCUGAUUAAAUUUGAUGUCUAAGUGUGUGAGGUCGAUGUGUUCAAGUGCUGAAAUUCUCAAACAUUUUUUUACCCCUUUCUUAAAGAAUGGAACACAUCCUAAGAAACUCUCUAGACAUAAGAGGAAGGAAAUGUGGUUUCAUCAUAGUCAAGACUCAGCUGGUAGUAGCCAUCACCCUUCAUCAUAUGCACCUGAUUCUCAAUGCUCUGAUUUUUCUCAAAUUAAUACCCAAGAUCUUUUUUCGCAGAACAGCUCUGGGCCACAAAAUGAGAUACUUUCGCAAAAGAGAAUGACUAUGUAUGAAAAGUGGUUGAACAAAAAAUCACUUUUGAAGUCCCAACUCGAUAAAGAAGGAAAAGGUAGUAAUACUAGUACAGCAGGUAGCACAAAUAAUUCCAAUAAGUGCUAUAGUGUAAUUGAAAGUAGAACAUCUUUAGGGGGUACAGUGAGCGAGACAGCAGGUCUAAACAGAGAUCUUUUGCAACAAAUAAAAAAUUCAUUCCAAGAUUCUAGCAAAGAGAUAAGGAAUGCUCUUGGUGCAUUUAAAAAGAAAUUAGAUACAAAUACAGAGCUAUCACAAGAACAGCUUUCUCAAACACUGAGUACAUUCCUUCAAGAUGUUUGGAAGCAUCAGGAACAAAUCUGCAAUAUGUUGUGUGAACAUGUAAAAAAAGCAUCUUCAUCUGAGGAGCUUCACACAAAAAUUGCUGUGAAUGAAAAACAAAUAACACUUCUGGAAGAACAAUUACUUGCUUUUCAACAAAGUGGUGCAGAAAAACUGUCCAAGGAGGUUGAAAAUGUUCUGUCAUCUCAUUUAUCAAAUUUGGAUCAAAAGCUGGAGGAUUUAAUCAAAUAUAUGAAACAGACCAAGGAAAAGCAAGAAUUUCAAUCUGAGGACUACAAAAACUGCUUGGAAAAAAAUAUCAAAGAAUGUAUGAACCAAUAUGGCAAUAGAAAUUCUCAAAUGAAAGAAAUAGAUAAAAAGAUCAUGACUGAGGUGGCUGAUGUUAAAGAGAAAAUGGAAAUGAAAUUAUGUGAUUUAAGGACAAAAUUGAUUGAGGAAUUUCAAGUCUUAUUUAAAAGACAAACAAAGGAUAUUUCAGAUACUCACAAGCAACUUUUUAAACAAUUGAAUCAAAACAUAUUUCCAUUAAAAAACUUGAGAAGUCAAAAUAAUACAGUUAUAAUGGAGCACCUUGAUACUCUGGGCACAAAGCUAGAAAAAGUUGUACAAAAAUGUUUUUCCAGUAACGACUGGAACAUCCCAACCAUCCAGAAUUCUAUUACAGAGAGUCUUCAUGUAAUGCUAAGUUCAUUACUUAAACAGACUAAUAAUGAUUGCAUUUCAGAUAUUUUACAGCAAGUUGAGGAACGACUGCUCUCUCAUAUUUCAACAAUGCUUAAACAUGAUAAUAAAAAUAAUCUCUGUAAUGACAAAUCACUGUCGGAGAUUGACCAACCUCAGAAAAGAUGUGAACAAAAGAAUAGCUCACUUAAUAAUGUUGAUGUUCAGCUAAAAAAAACACAAAGAUCUGAUAGAUACCAUAAACGUUCUUCAAAAUGUAAACAAGACACUGGAAUAAAUAAUAAUGUAAUGUAUAAUACAAGAAGACAGCAUGAAAAACAUGUAAUUGAUUCAGAAAGACAAAAGGAAAGCGUAUUGAUAGAUAAUUCUUUUACGUAUGGCAAGCCUAAGUAUCAAACUAAAAAUAAUGGAAUUUGUGAAGCUGAAAAUAACAUAAAUAAACUAUUAACACCUUACAUGUAUUGUUCUCCAAAUUUUUCACCCAGUCAAAGAAUGAAUUUAAAUUUGUCAAAAGUACAGACAAUAGACAAAGUAAAAAAUCCAGAUGGAAAAAGUAAUGGUAGAAAGAGAAAGUACUGUGAAAAUGAAAACCAACAAACCAAUUUUUUUAACAGGGACAUGCAAUUACAUUUCGAGCCAGCACAACUUUCUAGAUAUAGUGAGGACAAAAGUGAUUUUCAAGCUUAUUACAAAGAAAAAAAAGGAAAAUAUCAACAUUUACAAAGUCCAUUUCAGACCAGUUUUAAAGCUGUUGAAAAGGUCUACAAAACAAGACAAAUGGUAGAAACACAAUCUCAUCAUGAGUUUUGGUCUCAAAAUCUUGAAAAUAAUUCUUCUGUCUGUCAACAAAAAGCUCUUUUAUAUUCAGACACAUAUGGUGAUUGUUAUGCUGAUAGAAAAAGCAUAUUAAACAAAUUGUCAUCAAGAAAAUUUCAAAGUAGUCUUUCUUCACAUAAUGGAUAUAAUGGGGAGAAUGGAGAUGAGAUAAAUAGCUGUGAUUCAUCACCAACAGUGUCAUUAGCAAAUGUGACAAUAAAAAAACAAAAAGCUCCAUAUAAAACAAGAUUGAUACAAGAUUCUCAAACUGUAGUAAAAGAAAUCAAAAUGGAUGCAAAGGUUUUAAGUCCAGCUCCUACUUUACUUUCUGAAAUAGAUUUAUAACUAUGAGGAAUGCAACUUUUCUUUCUUAGAGUUAUAAUGAUUCUAUAUUUUUUUAAAGUUGUUUUUUAUUUUUAAAAUAUUAUUUGAUGUUUUUCUAUGUUCAUCAGAUGUGUAUAGAAAUUGAAUUAAAAAGUUAAUU